GUGAGUCCCCAAAAAUGAAUACCUUAACCCUGAAAUUUCCUUAUAAUCUUCAUCCAAAUUCACUCAAUUACUCCACUAAUAUAUCUCCCAAAUUCCCAAACAAGUCUUCAUCGUUUCAUCCUCUCUUCUUUAACUCUAAGAGAAACAUUUCUCCACUAGCAUCAAUGGCUGUCACAAGUGCUGAAGAGGUUCUUCCCCCUUCUCUCGAUUCUACUUCUGAACCACCCCCUCUUUUUGAUGGAACCACCAGGUUGUAUACUUCUUACAUAUGCCCAUAUGCACAGCGUGUCUGGAUUGCUCGAAACUAUAAGGGAUUGCAGGACAAGAUCGAAUUAGUUCCUAUUGAUCUUGGGAAUAGACCUGCUUGGUAUAAGGAGAAAGUCUAUCCAGAAAAUAAGGUGCCUUCAUUGGAGCAUAAUAAUAAAGUCACAGGAGAAAGUCUUGAUUUGAUUAAAUAUAUUGAUAGCCACUUUGAAGGACCCUCCCUUUACCCCGAUGAUCCCAACAAGAGACAGUUUGCGGAAGAGCUGCUAUCCUACACUUACACCUUCAAUAGAGCUGUGAUAUUUUCCCUCAAGGGAGAUUCACAAAAUGAAAUUAAUGCUGCUUUUGAUUACCUAGAAACAGCUCUUUCAAAAUUCAAUGAUGGGCCUUUCUUCCUUGGCCAAUUCAGUCUGGUGGAUAUAGCAUUUGCACCAUUCAUUGAACGAUUUCAUCCUCUACUACUAGAUGUAAAGAAGUGUGACAUCACCUCAGGAAGGCCAAAGCUGGAAUCAUGGAUUGAGGAGAUGAACAAAAUCGAGGCCUACAAACAAACAAAACGUGAUCCUCAGGAGCUUGUUGAUGCCCUCAAGAAGCGCUUUAUGGCAAACUGAAGACGGAAGAUCUGGAUAUUCCUAUCAAUCUGUAGCCUAAAUUUUCCCUCAUCAUAAUGUCUACUAUCGUAUGUGCAACUCCCUUUUUUUCCUUUGGAAUGAGAAGACUGAACCGCAAAUUAGUGAUUGUCUUGUUACAGUUGUGAGAUAAGACGAUAAAGGAGAGUUUAAAAUGUAUAAAUUUAUUUAUUUUCCAGUAAGAUGAAAAGAAUUUGAUCUAA